AUGGAGAAAACUCGCAUCCUCACCACCAAGCUCGGCCGCAUCACCGGCGCCGUCCUCGACAACGUCGUCCAAUACCGCGGCAUCCCCUACGCCCGCAUUCCCGGGCGCUUCAAAGACCCGGUAGGGCCCGUCAACCACCUCGGCGACUUUGACGCGACGAAAUGGGGGCCGAUGGCGGUGCAGCAGCCCGAUGCCGAGGAGGUGGAUGCGCGGGUGCUGAACCACAAGCUCACGCCGAUGCCGGCGGACCGAAAGACGAUGUCGGAGCUUGAGUGUGCGAACCUGGUUGUUGUGACGCCGUAUACGGCGAUGCACGAGGAGCGUGAGCAGGAUAAUCUGUCGCCGACGACGAUCCUGUUGCCGACGAUUGUGUGGGUGCAUGGCGGCGCGAAUAGGAUCGGGAGUGCGAACUUUGUGGGGUAUGAUAUGAGGAGGUUUGUCAAGCACAGCAUCGACGUUGUGGGCAAGCCCGUGGUUGUGGUGAGCUUGAAUCAUAGGUUGGGCACGCUUGGGUAUCUGGCGUGUAAGGAGGUCGGGGCGACGGGGAAUUAUGGGCUGAAGGAUCAGGUGGUGGGAUUGAGAUGGGUCAAGGAACAUAUCCAAGAAUUCGGCGGUGAUCCGGAUAAUGUAACUUUCAUGGGAGAAAGCGCCGGAGGGAUCGCUGGGUCACUGCACCUAUACUCUGAGGUACCGCUGUUCAAGCGGGCCAUACUGCUCUCGGGUCUCGCUGGAUUGCUUCCGCCGCGGCCUGCGGACGCACAGGAGAUGAUAUAUCUCAAGACCUGCGAGAAGCUCGAUUUCGCCGGUCUCCCGCCGCCGCAGCGAGCAGAACGCAUGCUCAACAUCCCUGCCGUCGAGCUCGCAAAGAUCGCUUUCCAGGUCGAAAUCUGCCCGACCAGUGACGGCGAGUUCAUCCCCACCAAGGAGUGGAUCCGUCACGAGAACUUCAAGCCUCUCCCGGACUGGUGUGACAGCCUCGUGAUCGGCACCUGCAAAGACGAAUGGGGCGUGAUGCAACAAGGUGGAGCUAUCAAGGACUACUCCAACCCCCUCCGCACCUUCAAGCGCCGCAUCUCCCGACAGCUCACCCCCGAACAAACAGCUUCGCUCCUGUCGCACUUCCACCUCUCCUCCAGCGACUCCCGCGAAACAACGAUCGAGAAGCUUUACGUUCUCAUCUCCGACUACGGCUUUAGGCUCCCAGCGUACAUGUUCACAAGGUACUGGUCCGACCACCCACAGAAGAAAGCAUAUUUUGCGCAGUUCACGGUGCCAACGCCACUCGAGGGACCGAACAAGGGCCGGGCACACCACGGCGUGGAUGUCGUCUUCUCGUUCUUUAACCAGCACGACGAGCUCCCGGAGACCGGGGGAUACCGGGAGCUGGAGCAGGAGGUGGCGGCGGCGUGGUGCAGCUACGUGUAUGGCGAGGCGCCGUGGAGUGCGUAUGAUGAGAAGGGCGAGAGGAUUGUCCGGGUGUUUGAUGCUGGAGGCCGCGGGGGCGAGAGAAAAUUGGGUGAGUGGGAGCGGAAUGAGUGGGAGGCCUGGAGGGUUAUGGAAGAGGCGGGGGUCGAUAAGGUGUGGGAGACGGGACAGGCGUUCCUGGCGGGCCCGGGCGAGGAGGGGGGGGAGGAUUGA